AGAAUUUCUGAUCAUAGCCUUAUUGGCAAAUACUGAUCAUUGCUCUAUUUUGGCCAUAACACUUGUACUUUGGGCGGCAGCAGAGAUUACCAUAUCUGCACGGUUGAUUACAUGCGUCUGGUAGCAGGAGUUUUCCGACCUUGGCUUCUCACCGCAGCACGCCAUGCUCGCCCCAACACCCGCACCCCAGUCCUCCGCACUCGGGUACCCUCAGACAACCGGGCUUUGAGUGCUCAAGUUCCUGUGACAGUUGCGCCUCGCGGAGAUCCGUCCGAAAUACCUACAGAAGAGACUCGUACUGAGAGCUCGUACUCCGCAACCCCGGACUCACCAACCUUCAGCAGCGCUACCUUCAGCCGGAAGAGACUUCCCGUGUCCUGUCCUGGAUGUGGCGCUUUGACACAAGAUGUUGAUCCUGGUCAAGCGGGCUACUAUACACGGUCGAGGAAGGCGGUAAAGACAUAUCUGCGUGGCAGCGCUGAGAUAGCACAGCAGCCUGUGCCUGAAGAUGAUGGAGCAGCAGACCGCCGGACAGAAAGAGCUGGGUCGAGCAAUGGGGAUACAGGUGUCCAACAGGACAAUGGAUAUGAAGUGACCGAAAUACCUUCAAUUCCACCUCCAGUAUGCGAUCGGUGCCACCAUCUGAUUCAUGAAUCUCGUGGAAUUCCCAUUGCCCACCCUUCCGUCGAAGAUAUUGCAGAUUCUAUCGCAGAAUCUCCCCAUCCCCGAAAUCAUGUCUAUCACGUUAUGGAUGCGGCGGAUUUUCCCAUGUCUUUGAUACCGUCAAUCUACAAGAACCUGUCUCUGGCAAAGCCGCGCAGUCAAAACCGUCGGUCACAGCAUGCAUUUUCAUCCAAGCCGUCGUUGUCAUUCAUAAUUACACGGUCGGAUUUGCUUGGGUCAUCCAGAGAUUCAGUCGAUCGCCUAAUGCCCAAGUUCAGCUCCAUUCUGCGCACUGCAUUGGGACGGUCCGGGCAGAAGUUGAGACUGGGAAACGUCCAUCUUGUCUCCUCGAAGCGUGGCUGGUGGACGAAAGACAUCAAACAAAGUAUCUGGGAACGAGGAGGUGGCAACUGGCUGAUCGGCAAGUUUAAUGUCGGAAAGUCCAAUCUCUUCGAAGUACUAUUUCCCAAGGCAUCCGACGAACGAGCACCUGUCUAUGAGGAAUUAGAACGACAACAAACCAUGGACGGCAUUGAUACGCCCGCCGAAAACAGCUUCUUUUCGGAAAAGAGCUUGCUCCCUCCACCACAACCUGAAGUACCAUUUCCUUCCAUGCCUCUGGUCUCCAGUCUACCCGGAACCACUGCGUCUCCGAUUCGACUCCCCUUUGGCAACAAGAAAGGAGAAUUGAUUGAUAUGCCCGGCUUAGAACGCAGCGGAUUAGACCGGUACGUUCGCCCUGAAGACAAGCUGGGGCUGGUUAUGACCCAUCGUCCCACGGUGUCUCAGCACAACAUCAAACCCGGUCAAUCUUUAGUUCUUGGUGGUGGCUUGGUCCGUAUAACACCCAAACUGGAUGAAAGUGACCGCAGCACGAUAAUGAUGGCUUAUCCCUUUGUCCCUCUGAAGGCACAUGUUACAUCAACAGAAAAGGCACUCGGUACACAGUCGCAGGACCGCGAAAGUGGCAUUGAGUCCAUACUGGCAGAUGGUACAGGCUUGGAAAUCGCAUCAGCUGGUAAAUUCUCUCUCAACACAGAUGUGACGAAAUCCAGGGCUGGGUCUGUGAUCAGGGCUGGCGUUGAUCCUGCGAAAUUACCUUUCCAGGUCUAUGCGACUGAUAUCCUCAUUGAAGGUGUAGGAUGGGUGGAACUUGUAUGUCAGGUCAGGAAAGGACGACGUAUGCUGCAAGCCGCUCCCACCGAAGAGACUCCAGUGGCAGAGGAUCUGGCCGAACCAGCUGUACCUCGGUCGGACGAGGUCUCCAUUGACAAUGCUGGGUUUGUGCCUUUCGCCUCUCCGAUCCCAAAUGCUACCACGGAAAGCACGGAAUUCUCUAACUUUCCGCAAGUCGAGAUCUUCACGCCUCAAGGAAAGUAUAUCGGGCAGAGACAAUGCCUGGACAUCUGGCAGGCAUGGAACACAGGAAAGCAAACUACCCAGACACGCGGUGGUCGUCCUAGAAAACCAAUGAGUGGAGUGAAGAAACGCGACAAAAUGCUUCACAGAGCGAACGUCAGCACGAACCCGUGAAAGAGUGUGUGGAUUAAACUGCCAUCCUAGAUAAGCCUGCUUUGCGUCGACCCAAGGCGUCUUCUUCCGCCCUCUUCACCUACUCGGUCAAGACGACAAUCUUGCCUCGAGCAGCAUUCUUGUCCAUGGUUUCAUGUGCCUGAGCAAUGUCGUCCAACUUGUACACCUUGCCAACCU